UUCAAACUCGGGGCAGCACUCACCCUCUCCCCGUCCUUGACAGAAACAGCAAACAUGGCGGCCGCCGCAGUCCGGAGCAUCGGCUCCACUCUGGGUAAAAACCUCCGGGAGCUCCGCGUGCAUCUCUGCCAGAGCUCCGCUGCGAGUCAAGGCGCGAGAGACUUUGUGGAGCAGCACUAUGUGACUCUGAAGAAGUGGAACCCAGAGUUCCCCAUCCUGAUCAGAGAAUGUUCCGGAGUCCAGGCCAAAAUCUGGGCUCGAUACGACUUUGGGAAGGAGAGCAGCGUCACCGUGGAGAACAUGUCAGCUGAUCAGGUGGCCACGGCUCUGCAGACGCUGGUCCAGGCCAAACAUUAACCCCCCUCCCCCCUCUGUGACCCCCACCCACCCCACCCCCAUUCCCUCUGCUGUUAUAAAUGUGUUGAUAUGAAUAAAUCUCUGUAUUAUUAACUCCACUCUGGUUAAUGCUGGUUUCUCUCUUAGACCUGGACUAGGCUCAGAGAAACAGCCUGUUGGACUUUUACUGGUAGAAAUAAAAGAAUGUGGGAACAGCCUGUGAUUCAGGCUCUUUGAUAAAGUAUUGACUCAAACAGAAACUUGACGAGUUUGUUUGUUUCCUCUUUUCCGAGAAAGAAAGAAUAAAUAAAACCCAUCACUUUUUAAUCUGUGUUCUUUAAAAGAAUGUUUAUGACCACACCAGCGCACACAGAUGGGAGAAAAGGAAUGUUAGAUCACCGUGUUCCAUUUUUAAAGCUGUUUUUUCCUUUUUUGAUCAUAACACAAAAACAACUGUUUUUCUGUUUUUCCUCAGAUUUUUAAUCAGUAAUUGUAAAAUAGCUUGUUUGUGAAUUUUGGAUUUCAAAAUAAAAGUCUUUUGGCUGUACACUACACUGACCUCAUAUUCACACGUGGCCAAAAUAGUUGGUACGCUUCCAUUAAGAGAAAGAAAACCACACAAUGGUCACUUAAAUAACUGUAAACUGACCGGAGUAAUGACAAAUAAAAAUUAACUAAUGAAAAUCA